AUGUUCCGCCCAAGAUUCAAGUCUACCACCGGUCCUUCCAUCGAGGACAAGAUCAGCAAAUCGACAAUAUCCGGUAUUCAGGGGGGUUCCAUCAUGAGUGUCAUCAAACACGACCAUUCCGAGCUCAAACAAUUCUACGUUAAGAUUAAGGAAGCCAAAGACGACGACACUAAGACGCGCUACCAGAACCAGUUUACGUGGGAACUUGCUCGGCAUUCCAUAGGUGAAGAGCUUGUCGUGUACCCGGCGAUGGAGAAAUACGUGGACGGUGGCAAAGACAUGGCCCAGAAGGACCGGGAUGAGCAUCAGAAGGUGAAAGAAUAUCUCUAUGAGUUCCAGGGUUUGGCCCCUUCGGAUGACAAGUUCCACUCAACUCUGGACUCUCUGUGGUCCACCCUAACCAAACAUAUUGAAGAAGAGGAACAGCAUGACCUUCCAGCCCUCGAAAAAGCGCUACCAGAGAACGAGGGUGACUCCUUGGCCAAAAGUUUCGCCAGGACUAAGCUGUUCGUCCCAACGCGCAGCCAUCCUAUGGCACCAGACAAGCCACCCUUCGAAACGCUCGUAGGGUUUCUUGCCGCCCCCAUCGACAAAUUGGGAGAUCUUUUCAGGAAGUUCCCACGAGAGGAGGACACGAUCGGCAAGCUUUAG